AGAACGUCAGGUUAGGCAUCGGGUUGCUAUCGAGCGGGACUAGAGAAGAAAGGCCUCUUCGACGGGGCUUUUGCUGUGCCACUCCCAACACGGUCCACCCGUGACUCCGACGCCUUUCGCCCGCGCGGGCGAGAUGGAAGCCCUAGGUCGCGGCAAGCGGAGGCUGGAAGUAGAUGGUAAUCCAGAGCUGCCGGAGAGGUUGCGCGUGGAGGAUGAGGAAGAGGAGGAGAGGGAGAUCCAGGAACUGGAGCGCGAAGUGAGCGAGAUGGCCAGAAGAGUCCUCGACGCCCGGAAGACCAAUCUGGAUCGGAUUCUCGGAGGUCUAUCCUCCGAACUAGUCGCCAAGAGGCCGCCCCUUCCUCUUCGAGCCUUAACCGGAUCUGAUGCUGGCGAAACUGGUGACUUUUCUGACCGUUUUCUUGUAACUUCCACCAUCCUUAGAACCAAAUGGAGGCAGCUUACUUGGUAAUGCUGAUCGGACAAUGGUUGAGAAAUUGCUUCUUGUCCGAGCAAAAAUGGAAGGCAUCAUCUCUGAAACUCCAGUGGUUCUAAAGAGAGCAAAUGAGUGCAUUUUGCAGAUUGAAAAACUGGAGAAGUGUGAUGUAACAGUACCUUCUAUUUUUAAUAGAAGAUGAACACAGUGACAAUUCAUAUCUGUUCUUGGUGUGGUUGUGUUGGCAUUAUCUAUUGAAGUAUUGUUGUUCAGAAUCACGUAUUCUUGCAUGGUUUGUUGAUGAGCAAUGGAAUCAUAAUGCCAUGGCAAGGAAUUUUUGUUAUUUAGCUUGAUUGCAGAUUUUCGACUUUCUUCUAAGAUGCAGCCGACUCCACCUAGUGGGAAAAGACUUGAUUGUUGUUGUUCUUAUUGUUUUAAGAUGCAGCUGAGAUCUGAUCUUGAGACAGAAGCAGUUCCCUACAAGAAAAGCCAGUCACAGGUAAAAGCUCUCCAGGCAUAUGCUUAUGCUGUAUGAGCAUGUGGGAUUUGUGGUACCUUCUCUACUUUAAUUAUUAUAUAAGUGCUUUUGUAAGGGAUAAAAGUUAAAGAUGGUUGGUCCCCUGACUGUGUUUGACUGAAUAAAGAAAGAGAAGAAAAUAAAGAAAGAAAACAGAUGGCUACUGCUUGAUCUUACAUUUAUUAUUGCAGGUGAAAACUGAGAGAUUUUGCCGCUCAGAGCUAAAGUGCCAGAGCAGGAAGCUGUUCAUGAAUAUUUAUUGUUGCAGGUGGAUCAAUUGCCUGCCUCUCUUUAUGGCUCAUGGAUAUGGAGAACUUGACCAACUUGUCUUCUAGUGUCCAUCAGGUUCCAUGUAUCAGAGCCACUCAGUUUGUGUGCAGUAGCAUCAUUCAGAUAAAUAUAAACUACACUCAGAGAUGCAGUAGCUGAUGAACAGUGCAAUUGUGAUCCAAAGGCAAUCUGACACCGCAGUUCCUAGAAACCUUCCAGCACUUGUCAGCCCUCAUCAUAGAAGACGUUUUUUGUUAGUUCCAUGAUAAUUUAGAGGGAUUGAUUGCACUUUGCAGAAAUGAGAUCAUGGGGAACAAUAGGGAGAAGACAGUUUUACUUUUUAUAAAAGAGAUGAAAAAAAAACAUAGACUGCAGGGUGUUUCAGGAAAUGAUGCUGCCCAGCCUGGCGGGAGACAAAAGGGCAGCCAUCGAGCUCGAAGACUCCACCAGAUUAUCUUUACGCGAAAGCAAAGAAGAGCCCAGGGAUUUCAGCAGCCACGCAGCAGGAGUGAUCACCAAGCUUCCAUCUUUGGAGAAAGUAAUCAAGUAUUAUCUUCUUUAAUGGAGAGAGACUGGACCAUAAAAGGGCUUGAGCUCCGUCUAGAGAACAGAGACAAAAAGUUUAUACGUAGAUCAAAUUCUACUUUUUCCUAUUUUUUUGCUUCGUUUUUUUUAGUAGAGGCAAAUCAUGUGUCCCCAAAUGCCAUGUUUUCUCGGAGAAGAGAGCCCAACGCAGUGAUUACUGCAGCGGUGCCAGCGUCGAGGGAGCAAUUUCUGUUGCGUACUUCCUUCUUCUGCCUGGUCACCAGCGGCAGAGGCCGGCGGACUUCUGUUGCUCGCCGGUGAAGGUUGAUACUCUCCUUCUCAGCGUAGUUGCCAAUCUGCAGGAUUACCCGUUUUGACAGUGAAUUGAGGUUUUUCGUUCAGCUUUUGUUGCUCUUGAGCAUAAUUCUACAUUCGAAGAGUAAAAUUUGGCACCUCCUAUCCUCCCUGCCUAAUGUAUUGAAGAAAUGUUUCAGAUUUGGUGAGUGGAAGAGAGGACAUCUUUGGGCGUAAUUUCCGACAUUCGGAACCGGAAAGUGAUUUUAGAAGAUUUGCCAUUAAUCAAGCUUUUCCGGUUUGAUAAUCUUUCCUUGUUGGCCUUUGUAUGAUAAGGGGAAAGAUAUAGGAAGAUCUUCUUGUCUGCAUUUGUUUUUCUUGUUUGUUUAUGUUUUUGCCAUCACUUUUCAUUUGGCUUUCUUCCUACAAGAAUCCUUAUUUCUUGCCCUACCUCGAACCAUUUGGUCAGUGUUGAUGUUGCAAUGUGAUCAUUCUCUUAAUUCAAAUGGGUAUAUUUUCCUCUUAUUCCGUAAAAUCUUAGAACUUUGGGCCUCUUGUUUGCUAUUAGCUAAUAUCUCAUGAUUGCUAAUUUGCUAGCAUUUGUUUAAGUGUGUUAAAUGUGAUCUAUCACCCUUCUCCAAAAAUGAAAUCUAGUUUCAAGCUUGGUGUGUUUGUUAUUCUUCAGAGGUGGCAACCAGGUAAUGGUUUAAACUUUGGUGUUUAUCAAUAAUCCUAAACAAUAAAUCUAAUUCUUUAGUGGCUUGAAAUUGAGUGGCAGAUGAUAUUGUGUUAACUGACAAUACAAGUGAUGUACCUUUAUUAACAUCAGUAUGCUAACCUUACUCUUUAUUCUUCAGUUUUUCAGCAUUUCUAUGGGUCAAGAUGUAGUUUUGGAAUGCCAAAGCUAUUCUGGAGCAAGUUUGAGGUACUUCCUCCAGUCCAAGCGGUAGGAACGUACAGCUGAAGGAAAGAAAAGGGGGACUUGCAAACAGGCACCAAUGCUUGGAUUGGUUUGAUGGCAAAUUCACAGAACUUAAUCAUCGUUACUCAUCAAGUCUUGAGUAUAAAAGCAUGCACUCUGGGAAGCUCAGCAUCAACGAUGACAAUGAAGUGUUAAAAAGAGGUUCUAUGUAUCAGAGUGCUAGGGAAGUCAGGAGAAUGAGAAAAGAAUUUGAAGGAAGAUCAAAAUUAGACUUUAGGCACUGUGAUGAUGCUUUUAUUUCAUUUGAGAUCAUAGAUCACUUGCCUCAGCAUGAUAUAAACAAACCCAAUCAGUUCUGCGAUCAGAAGUUUUUGCCUCUGGUGUCCUCUAGUGCUGAGUCAAAACCUAUAUCGGACAAUACAGUUAACUUGAUCAGCACAAGUUCCGUGGAGUUCCUGGAUCUCUCAUUUCGUGAUCUUCCUGACAAGCCUUUUACCAUGGAUAACUCCUGCUUAGAAUUUGCUCUAGAAAAGGAUAGUGUGGUAGAUGAUUGCUUAGAUAUCUACUUGCAUGUAGCUGACAAACAAAUUCCUACGAAGGUAGCUCCUGGGUCUCUCGAACCAGGUCUGCUCAAGGAUCAAAGUUCUGAUGGCCAUGAAAAGGUUCAUCAUAGAAAUCAAGAGGAAAUUAUUUACGAUGGAGAUUCAGUAAAAACUCCUCCAAAAUGCUAUUCAGAAAAUGCAGAAAUAUCCAAUACUAAUUCAGAGAUGAAAAAUUGCUUUGCUGAAGCAAGGGGAUCAAAGACCAUGUUUAGUCCACUUAAAAGAAUUUUUGAUCCGAUAAUGAAAUCCAGGUCAGUGCGAGAUUCAUCUCUUGCAGAGACACAUAAACCUACGAGUGUCUUUCCUAUAGAUAUUGGGAAGAAAGUAGUGUCUGAUAACUCUUUACUAAAUGAGGUUUCCAUCAAAGAGGAUACAAAAUCUGAUUUGAUGCAAGGACUAUUGGCUGCUGCUGAAUCUCCUGCUCACCUACAUGGAUUUCUUAAAUUGGACACAGAGAAUGGUCGUCCCUCAUUCGAGUUUUCUCUACAAGACUCAGAAGAAGUCUUAUCUGCAAAUACACGUAAAACAGACGAUGCAUGUAACUGGGUUUACACCUUUCAUAGCUCUAAGAAGAAGAGUAAUUCUAGUCGGGCACCCAAAGGCACACAUGGAAGUUUACCUUCAUUAAUUGGGCAGAUGCAGGCUUCUUGUUAUUUAUGUUCUGAAGUGAUAGAAAAUGGACAUUUGUCUAACUCAAUAGUGAUGGAGUUUGUUUUGUAUGACAUUGCACGAGCAAGCAGAGAUCUCUCCGUUGAAGAGAGUAAUGUUAUGAAAAAUCUGGUAAUAGCAGAAGCUCCACAGAGAAACAAUUUUGAGAAAUAUCCAGAUUCUUCCAGACUUGCAUUAAGUAAUCACAACUCCAAUUCUUCGACUUCUUACCCUUGGUUUUCAAAUGAGUUGCAUCCAGAAUAUGAGAUUGCAGCUAUUGCAAUCCAAAUGCUCUUGCCCUUUGACAGAAAGGAAAUUCCAAAAAUUAGGAAGGAGUUCAGCUCAAAAGAGAAUCAAAAGGGAUGUAAACGUCCUAUAAUUGAUCAGAGAAAGGACACCAACAGAAUCCUGAAUCCUUGCAUAGUGAAGGUUGUCACUCCAUGUGGGAAUCAUGGGCGGCCAAAAGCUGAUGAAGAUGGCCCAUCUUCACUUCUAGAUCGAUGGAGAUUUGGCAGAGGCUGUGAUUGUGGUGGUUGGGACAUGGGCUGCCCAAUUAUUGUAUUUGAUAAUCUGCAUGGUGAUGAAAGGAUAAAUCAUUCAAGGGAAUUUAAAAAACCAUUGUUGCUUUUUCUUCAGGGUUCCAAAGAGAAAGUGCCUGCACUGACAGUAAUGGCUGAUGAAAAACGACAACACGCAGUCCACUUCCAUGCCCAUUUCUCUGCUCUUCAGGCAUUUUCGAUCUGUAUUGCCGUAUUGCAUGCAUCUGAAGUUUCUUCAGCUGUUAUUUGCAAGAGGAGCAGGCGAAGAUUGUAUCCUGAUUCAUUUAGAUUGCUCCUUGAGGAAGAAGUGAGGCAUUUGAUCGAAGCUGUUGGAAACGAAGAGCAAAGAAAAGGGAAAGAGGGAGUAGAGCAAAUGCCAGCUACCUUUUUCCUUGAACCACCUAUUUCUCCUAUGGGCAGGGUGUAGAUUCAGAACAAUGCAUGACGAUCGAACUAAAUUGGCUUGAAGAUCAACAAUUUUCUGAACUAGCAUGUGAAAUUCAAUCUGUACAAAGACGAGAAUCAAAAUCUCGAGACAGAGACCCAGUGCAGAGUUCAAUCCAUGGAAGUGAACAUACCAUGGUUCGACCAAUUGUAGCUGGAUUUAUGAUAGUGAUGUUUUCUUGAACAUGCAGGAGAUGCCAAACAGACAAUCGAAACAUUACAAAGGCAAACAAAAAAGCGCGCUACAUUGCAACAAGGGUGAUCCAAGUUCUGGCGACGGAAAAUGUUCAACUGGUAAGAUUGUAUACAUUGAUUCUCUUCAGAUCCUGUGCUGGCGGGAGCCUUGUGCAGUGACAGAUCUUUACAAGUGGAUCUUCGAACAUAUUUAAAAGUUUUGAUCAGCCUUGCUAUUGAUACCAUGAAUUGUGUUGCAGUUGCAGUGAGGUGGCGGCUCCAAUUCAUCAAAGUUGAUAGUACUAUGAAAGAUUUGACUUGCACUUUAAAUUUGCAUCUAUCAUAACUGUUUACAUUGUUGGGAUAUACUCGAUGUGUACUUAACACGUUUCACAAAAAUAUAUAGUGGAAGCAAAA